CGCGUUCCCGGCGGCCCAGGCAGGAGCUGGAGACCAGCGACCGGCUGCAGGCCAGGCUCUGAGAGGGCGCCGCGAGCCCGAGAAGUGGGACCCUGCGAGGCUGCAGCUGGCGCGGGCCUGGCCGCCCCUCUGUCGGAGGGCCGGGCCACAGCGCCAAGCGCAGAGGCUGGGCUCCCGGGGCUGACGGCCAUGGGCGGGAGCCGGAGACGGCAGCGGCAACGGCAGCGGCAGCAGCGGGCCCCACGGGCGGGGAGGCGCGUGGCCCACGGCCCCUGACGGCCCCGGAGGCGAGGCGUGCUCCCGCGCUUCCUGAGGGGGCCGUAGCCAGGCAACGCCCGGCGCGCCCGCCCAUCCCCCGCUGCCCUUUUUUCCCUGCCUGGGUGCGAGGGAGCAUGUCUGUGUCUGGCUUCGGCCAGCAAAGAGUUAAGUCGAGGGGCGUGGAGCUGCCUUCCUCUUGGGGGUGUGCCCCCCUCCCCCGCUAGGCGGCUCGGCCUCCCGCGGUAGGGUAUGGCCUGGGGUCCGUGCCCGGGACCCGUGGUCCCACGCACCGGCCAGUGAAAGACGCCUUCCUCUUCCCGCCCUCUUCUUUCCCUUGCCGGCCAGCACCAUGGGAUGUAAUAUGUGCGUGGUCCAGAAACCGGAGGAGCAGUACAAAGUGAUGCUUCAGGUGAACGGGAAGGAGCUCUCCAAGCUGUCUCAGGAGCAAACCCUAGAGGCCCUGCGUGCCUCCAAAGAACCCCUGGUGAUCCAGGUGCUGAGACGCAGCCCCCGUCUGCGGGGGGACAGCUCCUGCCAUGACCUUCAGCUGGUGGACAGUGGCACUCAGACCGACAUCACCUUCGAGCAUAUCAUGGCACUGGGCAAGCUGCGCCCACCCACCCCACCCAUGGGCAUCUUGGAGCCGUACGUCCUUUCUGAGCUCCCCCCCAUCAGCCAUGAGUAUUAUGAUCCAGCGGAGUUCAUGGAGGGCGGCCCGCAGGAGGCAGAGCGAAUGGACGAGCUGGAGUACGAGGAGGUGGAGCUGUGUAAAAACAGCCACCAAGACAAGCUGGGCCUGAUGGUGUGCUACCGCACAGAUGAUGAGGAGGACCUGGGCAUCUACGUUGGAGAGGUAAAUCCCAACAGCAUUGCAGCCAAAGACGGCCGGAUCCGUGAGGGAGACCGAAUCAUCCAGAUUAACGGAAUGGAUGUCCAGAACCGAGAGGAGGCAGUGGCUAUCCUGAGUCAGGAGGAGAACACCAACAUCUCCCUGCUGGUGGCCAGGCCUGAGAGCCAGCUAGCAAAGCGGUGGAAAGACAGUGACAGAGAUGACUUCCUAGAUGACUUUGGGUCUGAGAAUGAAGGGGACCUUAGUUCCCAGAAGCUGAAGUCACCCCCUGCCCAGCAGACUGGAAAUGAUGAAAAGGGGGCUCCUGAUGGGGGCCCAGGCUUGAGCAACAGCCAGGAGUUGGACAGCGGUGUAGGCCGGACUGAUGAGAGUACCCGCAAUGAAGAGAGCUCUGAACAUGACCUGCUGGGUGAUGAGCCCCCCAGCACCACCAACACCCCUGGAAGUCUGCGCAAGUUUGGCCUGCAAGGAGAUGCCCUGCAGAGCAGGGAUUUCCACUUCAGCAUGGACUCUCUGCUGGCCGAGGGGGCAGGACUGGGAGGGGCUGACCUGCCUGGGCUCACUGAUGAGGAGUAUGAACGUUACCGGGAACUGCUGGAGAUCAAGUGCCACCUGGAGAAUGGCAACCAGCUAGGCAUCUUCUUCUCCCGGGCCUCCAGUGGCAAUAGUGCCCUGGAUGUCAACCGCAAUGAAAGCCUAGGCCAUGAGAUGGCCAUGCUGGAGGAGGAGCUUCGACACCUAGAGUUCAAGUGCCGCAACAUUUUGCGGGCACAGAAGAUGCAGCAGUUGCGAGAGCGCUGUAUGAAGGCCUGGCUGCUGGAGGAGGAGAGCCUCUAUGACCUAGCAGCCAGUGAGCCCAAAAAGCACGAACUGUCUGAUAUCUCUGAACUACCAGAGAAAUCAGACAAGGAUAGCACCAGUGCCUACAACACUGGGGAGAGCUGCCGUAGCACUCCACUGCUUGUGGAGCCUCUGCCUGAGAUGCCUCUGAAGCGAUCUGCUGCUGGCAAUUCCAACUUGAACCGAACCCCUUCUGGCCCUCCUGUCACCACCCACCCCAAGGGGGCUCCUUCACCAGGAAGCCCUGCCAAGUUCCGAUCACUCUCUCGGGAUCCUGAGGUGGGCCGGAGACAGCACACAGAGGAGCGUGUCCGCCGCAACACCAAGACAGGUGUUCCUCUGGAGCGUGUAGGCCCUGAAGGCAGCCCUUAUCUCUCCAGGCGUCAUCGUGGCCAGGAGAGUGAGCACUACCACAGCUGUGUGCAGUUGGCCCCACCACGCACCCUGGAGGAUCUGGGCCAUGGCUCCUUGAGCUUGGCUAGUGGUCCUCGGGUGGGUGGGGUGGUGGCUGCAGCUGUCGAAGCGCCCCGAAUGGAGUGGAAAGUGAAGGUUCGAAGUGAUGGAACCCGCUAUGUGGCUAAGCGGCCUGUGCGAGAUCGGCUGCUGAAGGCUAGGGCCCUGAAGAUCCGGGAGGAACGCAGCGGCAUGACCACUGAUGAUGAUGCAGUAAGUGAAAUGAAGAUGGGCCGUUACUGGAGCAAGGAAGAGAGGAAGCAGCACCUGAUCCGAGCCCGGGAGCAACGGAAGCGGCGUGAGUUCAUGAUGCAGAGCCGCCUGGAGUGUCUAAGGGAGCAGCAGAAUGGUGACAGCAAGCCUGAGCUCAACAUCAUCGCACUGAGCCACCGUAAGACCAUGAAGAAGCGAAACAAGAAGAUCCUGGACAACUGGAUCACAAUCCAAGAGAUGCUGGCCCAUGGUGCCCGCUCAGCUGAUGGAAAAAGGAUCUACAACCCUCUGCUCUCUGUUACCACUGUCUGAGCUGCCCCAGCAGAAGCCCAGCCCAGGUCUAGAAAGCCUGACCCUCACCCUCCCUUAGAAUCUAGUGUGUGUCUAUGUGUGUGCUUGUACGCUGUGCUCAUGUACACUCCUGUAUUUGUAUGUGUGCACAGACCUUUGGUAAUAGAAAGCCCCUAGAAGGGACACUUCUCUCCCACCACCUAUUUCCUUCUCCCCAAGAGGCUAUGCCAACAGCCAGCACAGAGGGCAUACCCAUAAAGGGCAACUGUGUGUUUGUGCAUGUUUGUGUACAUACACAGUGCUCUUGGUGUGUUCCUGGAGACAGGGAAGUCAGUGCAGAGAGAGGUGCAAUAGACUAUCCUAAGCACAAGAGAAUUUCCAGCUUCUUGCUGAGCACAGCCUCUCCCCACCCCUGGAAGCUGCAGUUAUUUGUAGAAAAAGGCAACCCUAAAUUUUGUGGUUUUUCUCCUUUUCUGUGCUUGCCAAUAGUUGUUUUCUGUUUUGUGGACCUGCUCUAGGGGCUGGCAGAUCCUUCAGGCAGCCUGACAAAGGUGGACCCCACCAAAUGCUGGCUGGGAAGGAGGUUGGGGGGAGGAAAAGAGGGAGGGUUGGGUGGGAGGGAAAGGAAGGGGAUGGGGAAGAAUAGGAAGCAGCUGUCCUGGUGGUCUCUACUCUGAGGGGUGGCAGGGAGGAUCUGAGUUGGCUUUUCAAAGUGCACCCAUGAGGCCCACCUCCUUCCCCAGUGACUUUCUGAAAGUGAAGUCACAGGGAUUAUGGGCACAGUAUCCAUCCAAAAAGCAUUUGCUGACCCCUGGCCUAUGCCAUUUGGAACAGAGCCACUCUUUUUAGUGGCCUGAUCAAGGAGCUUAGAUGUCCAGGGGUUUGAGAAGCCAAACCCAAUGAGCAACAGGCAAGACCUCACCUAGCCUAGAGAAGAUGUGGUGGGAGUUGGGAGGCCUGGACCCAGAAAAAGGAAGGUUGGCUGAGUGAGAGAUGCUUAGAACCUCUUUCAGCAAUGCAACUUUCUAAUGUGCCAUGUUUUAUGCCUCUCUGGCUUGGUGAAGCUCAUAUUGGAGGCUACAGGAUACCCCUAUUCCCUACCUACAUCCCAAGAAUAAAGCAAGCUGCCUUUUUACUCUGUU